AUGGCUGUCCUGGCACCCGUCAUUGUUGGUGUGCUAGGUCACCAGAAUGACCAGCUUGAGUACCGCAGGCGCAGAAGACAGCGCCUGCGACACCUGGUUUUGUUUCAUGAAGAGGUUGACAGAGAGCCAGUAUACGGUCGGAUGAACAUCCGUGUGCCAGUCCUUGCUGCCUUCUUUGAUGGUCAGGACCUCAUGGCCAACUACAGGCUAAGUAGGCAGUCCAUGGAGGCCCUCAUGAGGAUCCUGCCAUCAAAGACGGCACAAGGCUGGUCACAUGAGGUGCAAGUCCUCAUGACCGUAUACUGGCUGGCACCCGGCUUGUCAUACAGCAGACUGGUGCACGGUGGAGUGGAGAACAUAGCAGCCCUUCGCCAGGAGGUCAUCAGGUUGCCUGCCGCUGGAGACCUGGAUGUGGUUGGCCAAGUAUUUGCUCGGCUGGCCAACUCUCCAGUGUUCUCCAGAUGUGUGGGCUCCAUUGAUGGCUGCCAUGUCCGCUUUAAGAGCCCCCCAGGACCCGGAGGCCAGGAUUACCUCAACAGAAAGCUCUUCCCAUCCAUACAACUGCAAGCUGUAUGUGAUGGGAAGGGCUUCUUCAUCAACAGCUUUGUUGGGUAUCCUGGCUCCGUCCAUGACACCAGAGUCUUGAAGAACAGCAGGAUCUACAAAGAUACUCUGUAUCCUCCCCCUGGUUACUUUAUCGUGGGUGAUGGUGGCUACCCCUGCACCCUAAUACCUGUGGCCAUCAUCACCCCAUACAAGGAACCACUGCAGGGGAGGGUGCAGAGCCGCUUCAACAACCACCAUGCCAAGGCCCGCUGUAUUAUAGAGCGGGCCUUUGGUAUGUUGAAGACGCGUUGGAGGUCCCUGUUGUUCAAGGCUCUGGAGGUCAGCCACACCUUUGUCCCCUCAGUCAUCACUGCCUGUGCAGCGCUGCACAACAUCUGCCUCACUGCUGGGGACAUCCUGGAGCCUGUGGAGGAUGUUGGGGACAUUGGUGUGGCUCCACCACGUCCAGUGAGGGGGGUGCAAAGCGGACAUGGCCAGCGAGACCGACUGGCAGGGCUGCUCUCUGCUCCACUUGUGCACCCAGUAGAGCUUCAGGAGCAUGACUACCUGUAG